AUGCCUGACAGUGCAGCUGUUUAUCGACCUACCACAGUGGGUUACAGUUAUGAAGCCAACGGAGAUGGCAAUGAAAGUGGUGUUGGAGUUGGAGGUGGUGUUGGAAUAAGAAAUGGAUUUUCACGAAUUAUUUUUAGGCACAAAGUUAGCACACGAAAAUGGCUCGAAUGGGUAUUGCUGUCAGUGGCACUUUGUGCUACUCUUGCUGGGCUCACCACGAUGAUAGUUAAUGUAAUAGCUUCUGGAAGUUCUCUACCUUCUAAAGUAGUCCAGGAUAAUUCAAAAAACGGCUCAAAAUCUGACACAACUACAAAAAUGGAAGAUGUUAUUAAUCAAGAUCCUAAAGGAUCACUAGCUGCUGGAGCGAGCAUUACUCUGAUAGGAUUAGUAAUGGGUGCUCUUUGGGCUUGGUUACGUUUCUUCCGGCACGGUGGAAAAUCACAGAGAGGUGGAAUCAGUCGUGCAAGUGGACAGAUGUUGGGCGGUUUGAAUCCAUCAACUGACUUGCUGGUGGGUUCCACUUCGCAGUACGGGCCAGUACUCACCGAGGUGCCGAGCCAGAUGACCAACAAGCAGAUGAUAAAUGAAACGCGAGCUGUUCCGAUGUCAGAUCAGGAGGAAGAGACACACACGCUCAUGCCAGAUUCAACAGCUAUUCCAUCAGCAGUCAUCAAUCAAUCCGGUCAUCCUACUAAUCAAGCAGGCUAA